AUGGAACGCAAGUGUAUGGAGAAGAUCAACAAUUACUGUCAAAAGCAGAAAUUUACCCUGGUUUAUGCUGACGUCAGCGUGACUGGCCUGUCUCAUGAUCCUGAGUUCACAGUUGUGGUUAAGAUAGAUAAUGUAGAAUAUGGUACAGGCACUGGUAAAAAUAAGAAGGAGGCAAAAGCAAUUGCAGCAAAAAAGACCUGGGAAAUGAUUGAGAAACUGCCAGAGAGUUCUUCAAAUAUGCAAGCUGCAGAAUUACCAGCAACUAGGGUGACUUUACCACCUGUACCAUCCAGUGACUAUGUUAGCCUACUGAAUAUGUAUUCACAAAGGACCUUGCAACCAGUUUGUUACAGUAACAAAAACCGUACUGGAGAUGCCCAUGCUCCUGUGUUUUCUUGUAGCUGUACAAUUAGUGGUCAUGUGUAUGGAAAUGGCACUGGAUCUUCUCUAGCUGCUGCAAAACAAGCUGCUGCAAAACAAGCGUUUGAGAAGCUAAUUAAGCAAGGCACUGUAACAAUGGGAAAUGAAACAUCUAACAGCAACUCUACAUUUAGCGAACACAGUAAUUCCUCUCAAGUGUCAGCUCAGUCUGACUUGGAUAACAACAGUAUUUGCUUUAAAGACUCAGCUGCAAAUUUGGCAGAAAAAAUGAAAGACAUGGGAUUAUGUGAAAAGCCUUCACCUUCUCAGAGAAACACACCAAGUUCUGCUCUGAAACACCAAAGAAAACUGGCAGCUAACUUUGAUAAUGCAAGAGAAAAGAAAGAGAUAAAAAAGAUGUCAGAUGAGAGUUUGCCAGGUUUGGACACAAAUACCAGUGAGGAAAAUGGAAGUCCAUACACUGUGAAUAAAAGAUUUCUUGAGAGUUUUAAAAAUAUAGAGCCUAUUGGUGAAGGUGGCUUUGGGAAUGUUUUCAAAGCAACAGCACAGCUUGAUGAGAGGACCUAUGCAGUCAAACGAGUUCAAUUCACGAAGAAUGUGCGCGAAGUAAAAGAACUUGCAGGACUUGACCAUGAAAACAUAGUGCGGUAUUACAGUAGCUGGAAAGGGUACGACCAUGUAGCUUCUCCAGCCUCAAGGCAGAAGGCAGACAAAGAAAUUCUCUGUCUUUUCAUUCAAAUGGAAUUAUGUGAACAAGGGCCAUUGGAAAACUGGAUUGAAAAGAAUAGAGAAGACAAAAAGUAUCACAUGAUGGCACAAACCAAAUUUUUACAAAUACUGAAAGGAGUGGAAUAUAUUCAUUCUAAAGACUUAAUUCACCGAGACCUCAAGCCUCAGAAUAUAUUCAUAUCACAUGAAGAUAAAAUAAAAAUAGGUGACUUUGGUCUCGUGACUUCUGUGGCUCGUGAGAAUCUGACUGAGAACACAGGAACAAAAUCAUAUAUGGCACCAGAACAGUUUGGGGACAAAUACGGAAAGGAAGUAGAUAUUUAUGCACUGGGGUUAAUUUGGUUUGAGAUUCUUUCAGCAUCCACUUGUCAUGAGAAAAUGAAGGUAUGGCAUGAUGUUAGAGAUGGUAAACUUCCAGAAAAAUUCACCAACCAAUUUCUAACAAAGGCACCCAUAAUCAAAAAGAUGCUUUCAAGAGACCCUUCAGAAAGAUACUUCGUAUCUCAAAUACUUGAGCUUUUAAAGAAGCCUGUUGAUAAAGACAAGCCAUUUAGAACUCAUACUCAGUAA